CCCCACUUUUUCAGGUACGUACCGCUCCCCUGGUCAGCUCAACCCCGCACGCCAUGCCCCUGGAAGUUGGGGAAGCUCCCAGCUGCACAAUGUCCCCUUGUGCGGGACACAACAUUAUUGCCCCGAAAACAACAGUCGUCCCCGUCUGACUUGGAUUUUGACCUUGUCGCGGCUUCAUUUGGCUCCAGCCUUUACCACAAUGCCGCCAUCUCGACAAGUAAUCGACGGCCUGUGGCGUUGUCUCUGCCCUUCUGUCGAUGCCACCUUGCUGGCGAAGGCCCUUGAGAGCCCAACCCUGUCCUCCACCUCCGCAAUCCGAUCGAGACCGCGAGUCAGUCGCAAGGAUGGCCUUCAUCGACAUCGAGGAGUGCGCUCGCUCAGUCAACAAUCGUAUGCUCAUCGGGCAAACGCCGACAGCUUUGUCUCUCCCAAUCUGUACAUUGAACCGAAAUGGCCACAGAGUCAACACAAACCCGGAGCCGUCACGGACGGGACUGUAACCGCGACCGAGAUUAUCCAAGCGACGAAUGACCUUACCGAGGUCUUGAACGAAGCAUCGACACCUGUUAUUUACGAAGCGCUUCGUGAGCUUCGCAACCACCAUGGGCAACACGGCAAGAUUCGGCCUAUCAUACAGUUCCUUCUAAACAACCGAAAGGAAAAGCCGAAUCCGUUCAUUUACGAAUCCCUGGUUGUUGCCAACUGGGAUAUCACAGGCUCGGCCGACGAACUUGGGUUCAUCUUUGACUCCAUGGUUGCAGCCGGUGUCGAACCAUCAAUAGGUGUCCUACAGAGUGCGCUCAAAGCACUAGCGGUCCAUCCUGAUUAUCUUCUGAGGACCGAUAUCCUACGCUCCCUGGGAGCCAAGGGAGCCAGACCCGACAAACAAGCCAAGUUCAGCGUCACCUUGGGCCUUCUUCGCGAUGGCCAAUUUGAAAAGGCUCUAGAUUUGCUGGAUGAACUGGUGUACAGCGACCAAUGGGUGCCUGCAUGGAUAUACGAGAUCUUUAUCUACACGCUCUCAAGGCGUGGGUUCAUCGAGGAGGCCGUCCGGGUCAUGCAGGUAAGGCUCAAAGCUCGCAAUCAGAACAGUCCGUCCCACGUGCUGCCUUUGGGAACGUGGUACUUUUUGCUCGACGAGUGCAGCAGGGCAUUGCACUACGAAGGGACCAAGCUGGUCUGGGAUCACCUGGUACAGAAGCGCAUUGUCAACCCCCCUGACGGCGUCGUCAUUAACGUGCUCAACACGGCCUCUCGCCACCAAGACGCAGACCUGGCUACUCGGGCCAUCGAGCUUCUCGCAGAGAGGGGGGUCCGACUAGGCCUGCAUCACUACGAAGCACUGGUCGAAUGCUACGCCUACAACGGGGACCUGCUGAACGCGCUGCAGGUGCUUUGUAUCAUGGAGGGCGCAGACAUUCCUCCCGAAGCCGCCAGCACGCGCUCCAUCUUCCUCCUCUUCAGACGGUCGCCCGAGCUACUGAACGGCGUCAAAGAGAUGAUGGAAAAUCUGAAGGCAGCGGGCUACAAAAUCCCUAUCGCAACUGUAAACGUGGUACUGGAAGCCGUCUGCGAUGAAGAACCGACAGUUGACAAGGCAUUCGGCAUGUACCGCGACCUCCUGCACCUCUGCUCCUCGGGACCAGACCUACGCACCUUCCAGGCUCUCCUGCAGAAGGCGCAGAGUGCUCAGACGGCGCAGGAGCUGGAAUCGGAGAUGCUGAUGUACACGCUCAAGCCCACGCGGGACAUGUACGAACACUUUGUGCGGUGCUCUACCGCGGACGGCGACCUCAACACCGCUUUCAAAUACCUGGCACAAAUGGAGCUGGCGCCGUUGGCGAGAAAUACUUCGCGCCGCAUGUGGAUCAGUCAUCCGACUUUGGUCCAGCUGCUCAAGCGCUGCUUCAAGGAAAUGGACCCCAGAGCAUGGGCGGUUGUUGAUGUAGCCAGGGAGAGGAAGAUUGAUCUGGAGAUUGAGAUCAAGAAGUUGCUUGCGGAGAUGCCGAAGGAGACGGUGGUGUCGGAUCAGAGGGCGCAAGAGGAGAUAGCGAUGAUGGGCACUGUGGAUAUCGCGGCUGAAGAGGCCUUGGAUUUUGGCGAUCUCAAAACCUCGAGCUCAUCCGCAUCUUGAUGAAAACAUGUAAAAUAUUUAAAGGAAGUGGGUUGGGGGUAACAUAGUUGUUUUAAUGGUUUGAUAAACACCGGGUGUCGGACAAUAUAAGGCGUUGUGCGAGCGACGUCUUCCAACAAUAACAACUCGCAAGGUUGUAUAGUGUAGCGGUUAUCACUCCGGAUUCUGAUUUCUUCAGAACCUUCCGGCAACCCCGGUUCGAUUCCGGGUACGACCUCAACUU